GUCUUUUGCAGGUUGGUGCUGUUCAGAUGUGUGACGUGGUAAAUGAGAUUGAGCUGGCAAGAGAGCGGUGCGAGAAUAAAACAGCAGGAAACGUCACAUCAGGCUGCAAAGGGAUGUGGGAUAUUAUUGCUUGCUGGCCAUCAGCCAAAGUUGGGGAACAUGUGGUUAUUCCCUGUCCAAAUUACUUCAGACACUUCUCUGAUCAUCAUGAGGGUAACCUCUCAAAGACCUGUACUGCUGAUGGCUGGACCGAGAUGGACCCGAUGGAAAUCGCAAUACAUUGUGGCUAUAAUCUGAAUGGCACUGUUGACGAUGAUAGUUUCUUUAGGUCGGUGAAGAUCGGCUACACCAUCGGGCACAGUGUUUCUCUCAUCUCUCUCACCACUGCCAUUGUCAUACUUUGUAUAUUCAGGAAACUCCACUGCACGCGGAACUACAUCCACAUGCACCUGUUUGUGUCCUUCAUUCUGAAAGCCAUCGCCGUCUUUGUCAAAGAUGCGGUGCUCUACGAUGUUAUUCAAGAGUCUGACAACUGCUCCACUGGUUCUCGGUAUGUCAAGGUGAUCUUGCAGAUGGCCACACACCAGAGACGCAACAUACUGAAACUCCACUGCACGCGGAACUACAUCCACAUGCACCUGUUUGUGUCCUUCAUUCUGAAAGCCAUCGCCGUCUUUGUCAAAGAUGCGGUGCUUAUUCAAGAUAUUCAAGAGUCUGACAACUGCUCCACUGGUUCU